UAUGGGGAGGAGGAGUUCAUCAGCACUGACAGUUUUGGUAUAUAUGGAGAAAAUCAGAAAAGUGUCCUCUGAUUUGUCACUGACGUUGUUUGAUGAUUUCCUCUGUUGUGUCUAAUAAGGUAAUAGCGAGUGUGAUUGGAGGGUGUUGGGCCUCUUUCUCUCUCAUUAAGAGGAUGUCUGUACUUCUGUAUCAUCAGAGCAGAGAAGCUUGUUCUGGGUGUUGAGUUAAUCAUGCUGAGGAUGAUGGGAAGAUGCCUGAUGUUCAUUAUACUGUCUGCAGUUGUAAUACUCGUCACAUCUGACCGUGUGAAUGUGAGGUUGGUUGGUGGUCACAGUCGCUGUGCUGGUAGAGUGGAGGUUCUUCACAGAGGUCAGUGGGGAACAGUGUGUGAUCUUGCCUGGGAUUUGGCUGAUGCUGCAGUGGUGUGUAGAGAGCUGGACUGUGGAGAACCCGUAGAUGUUUUGGGUAAUGCACACUUUGGACAAGGAUCAGGACCAAUCUGGAUGGGUUUUGUCAGAUGUGUUGGUUCAGAAUCCGCACUAAAGGACUGUGGAGCAGCAGGGUGGGACCAAAGUUACUGUAAUCAUGCUAAAGAUGCUGGAGUCAUCUGCUCAGGCGUCAGACUGGUUGGAGGUUCUCGCUGCUCUGGGAGGUUAGAGAUACUUCAUGAUCAGACGUGGAUGUCAGUGUGUGAUGCUGUCUUUGACCAGCAGGAUGCAGAGGUUGUGUGUAGAGAGCUGGACUGUGGGGCUCCUGUACAGGUGCUGGGAGCAGCUGCUUUUGACAAAGGAGACACUCAGAUGUGGACACAAGAGAUUCAGUGCAGAGGAGAUGAGUCUCAGAUUCACCUCUGUCCAACAUCACCAUCACAUGAAAACAAUUGUUCUUAUGAAAAUUAUGUUGGACUGGUGUGUACAGAAAUAUUAAAUGUGCGGUUGAUUAAUGGAAACAAUCCCUGCAGUGGGACAGUGGAGGUUCUUCACAGAGGUCAGUGGGGAAUAGUGUGUGGUGAUGGCUGGGAUUUGGUUGAUGCUGCAGUGGUGUGUAGAGAGCUGGACUGUGGAGAUCCUGUAGAUGCUCUGAGUGAUGCUCAGGUUGGACUCGGAUCAGGACCAGUCUGGAUGAAUAAUGCAAUGUGUGCUGGAUCUGAGUUCACACUGAAAAAGUGUGGAUCCGUCAUAUGGGGGUUUCAAGGUGUGUGUCAGAGCAAGAGUGCAGGAGUCAUCUGCUCAGGUGUCAGGCUGGUUGGUGGUUCUCGCUGCUCUGGGAGGUUAGAGAUACUUCAUAAUCAGACGUGGAUGUCAGUGUGUGAUGCUGUCUUUGACCAGCAGGAUGCAGAGGUUGUGUGUAGAGAGCUGGACUGUGGGGCUCCUGUACAGGUGCUGGGAGCAGCUGCUUUUGACAAAAGAGACGAUCAGAUGUGGACACAAGAGAUUCAGUGCAGAGGAGAUGAGUCUCAGAUUCACCUCUGUCCAACAUCUCUGCCACACAAAUACAACUGUUCACAUGAUAAUGAUGUUGGAUUGGUGUGUACAGACCGUGUGAAUGUGCGGUUGGUUAAUGCAAACAGUCCCUGCAGUGGGACAGUGGAGGUUCUUCACAGAGGUCAGUGGGGAACAGUGUGUGAUGGUGCUUGGGAUAUGACUGAAGCUGCAGUGGUGUGUAGAGAGCUGGACUGUGGAGAACCUGUAGAUGCUCUGGGUGGUGCUUAUUUUGGACCAGGAUCAGGACAAAUCUGGACUAAUCGUAUGAUGUGCACUGGAUCAGAGACUACACUGAAGAACUGUGGAUCAGUUCUGUUGUAUGAAUAUGACUGUAAUCAUGAUAAAGAUGCUGGAGUCAUCUGCUCAGGAGUCAGGCUGGUUGGAGGUUCUCGCUGCUCUGGGAGGUUAGAGAUACUUCAUGAUCAGACGUGGAUGUCAGUGUGUGCCGCUGUCUUUGACCAGCAGGAUGCAAAGGUUGUGUGUAGAGAGCUGGACUGUGGGGCUCCUGUACAGGUGCUGGGAGCAGCUGCUUUUGACAAAGGAGAUGCUCAGAUGUGGACACAAGAGAUUCAGUGCAGAGGAAAUGAGUCUCAGAUUCGAAUGUGUCCAGCAUCAGAGAAACACAGCUGCUCUCAUGAUGAUCACCAGGCGCUUCAGUGUGCUGAUGUGAUGCAUGUGAGACUGGUAAAUGGUAACAGUCCUUGUGCUGGUAGAGUGGAGGUUUAUCACAGAGGUCAGUGGGGAACAGUGUGUGUUUAUAACUGGGAUACACCUGCUGCUGCAGUGGUGUGUAGAGAGCUGGACUGUGGAGAACCUGUAGAUGCACUGGGUUUUGCUCAUUUUGGUCAAGGAUCAGGACCGAUCUGGAUGAGUGUUUUAACAUGUUCAGGAACAGAGUCUACACUGAAGAACUGUGGGUCAGCAGGAUGGGGUAAACAUGCCUGCACUCAUAAUCAUGAUGCUGGUGUCAUCUGCUCAGGUCAUAAACGCUCCAGACUUGCUGAUGGGUCUAAUCUUUGCUCUGGGAGGUUGGAGAUACUUCAUGUUCAGACGUGGAUGUCAGUGUGUGACACUGUCUUUGACCAGCAGGAUGCAGAGGUUGUGUGUAGAGAGCUGGACUGUGGGGCUCCUGUACAGGUGCUGGGAGCAGCUGCUUUUGACAAAGGAGAUGCUCAGAUGUGGACACGAGAGAUUCAGUGUGGAGGAAAUGAAUCUCAUAUUUCAUUCUGUUCACUAUCAUCACUUGAACACAACUGCACCACUGACAACAUUGUGGGACUGAUCUGCUCUGGUAACACUGAUCUCAAACUGGUGAAUGGGCCAGACUCUUGUUCUGGAAGAGUGGAGCUUCAGUUCCUCAAAGAAUGGGGCACAGUGUGUGAUGCAUGCUGGGAUAUGAGAGCUGCCAGUGUCCUCUGUAGACAGCUGAAUUGUGGGAUUGCUGUGUCUGUUGUGGGAUCAGACUGGUUUGGAGAGGGAAGUGGUGAAAUCUGGGCUGAUGUGUUUGAUUGUGACGGGAAUGAAACAAAACUCUCAGAAUGUUCCAUCUCUUCAUGGAGUCGAGCUGAAUGUUCUCACAGACGAGAUGUUGGAGUCAUCUGCUCUGAUUCCUCUCUGGCUCUUCAUGAUGGUCUGGUGCGGUUGUCUGGAGAGAGACAGUGUGAGGGGACGCUGGAAGUUUUCAUCCAUCAGGUCUGGAGGAGAGUUCUGCUGGACUCCUGGAGUCUCACUGAAUCCUCUGUGGUCUGCAGACAGCUGGGCUGUGGCUCUGGGCUGAACUUUAAUGGCUCCACUUCAUCCAGUCCUGAACACAGUCAUGAGUGUGUGACGGGCUUCCAGUGCUCUGGGAGUGAAGCUCAUCUGGGGAACUGCAGCUCUCCACAAACUCUCAACUGCAGCUCCACACAACAGCUGUACAUCACCUGCCUUGGAUGGGGGUCCAUCAGGCUGGUGGGUUCUGGGGGAGACUGUGCAGGGAGGCUGGAGGUUUUUCACAGCGGCUCAUGGGGGACAGUGUGUGAUGACUCCUGGGAUAUUAAAGAUGCCCAUGUGGUGUGCAGACAGCUGCAGUGUGGAGUGGCCCUCAGUAACCAGCAGGUACCAGCCUGGUUUGGUCCUGGUUCUGGACACAUAUGGCUGGAUGAGGUGGAGUGUGAGGGGAAUGAGACGUCCCUGUGGAGCUGCUCUUCUUCAGGCUGGGGAAAACAUGACUGUAAUCACAAGGAGGACGUAGGAGUCGUGUGCUCAGAGUUUAAAGAGAUCAGGUUAACUGAGGGCUGUGAAGGGAAUGUGCAGGUUUUCUACAAUGGAUCCUGGGGUAAUGUGUGUUUAAACCAGAUGGACAGAGACACAGUGAGUCUGAUCUGUCAAGAGCUGAACUGUGGAAGAUCUGGUGAUUUAUCUGCUUCUACAUCAAGACUGAAAUCAGCUCCUAACUGGCUGGAUAAAGUUACAUGUCGACCACAUGAUUCCUCUUUAUGGCAGUGUCCAUCUUCACUCUGGGGACAGAAUAACUGUGGUGACGAUGAAGUGGCCAAAAUCAUCUGUUCAGAGCAGGAGAUCCAUGAGUCUCCUCGAAGCUCUCUGACAUGCUCCACAUCUCCCCAUCAGAGACGGUGUUCAGAUCAUGUUCCUCUCAGACUGAGUGGAGGUAAGGGCCGGUGCUCUGGGAGGCUGGAGGUGUAUCAUAACGCUGUGUGGGGCUCAGUCUGUGAUGAUCAGUGGGACAUCAGCGAUGCUCAGGUGGUCUGCAGGCAGCUGGGUUGUGGAGCAGCACUGAGGGCUGAUGGGAAUUCAGUCUUUGGUGCUGGUGAAGGUGUUGUGUGGAUGAACAGAGUCCAGUGCAGAGGGAAUGAGAUUCACCUGUGGGACUGUCCUCUCUCCCUGAAAAACCACACUGACUGCUCCCACAAAGAGCACGCUGGACUCAUCUGUGCAGAUUUGCCAGAUUUAUCAGUGUCCUCUACUCCUGCCACAACAACAUCAGCUUCUCCUCCAGUUUCUCCUCCAGUGUCUCCUCCAGUGCGCUCAACAUCAGUCUCUCCUCCACAAACUCUCUCCGUCCCCCCAGUGCUUGUGAUUGUUCUGGGAGUUGUGCUCUUACUGCUCUUAGUGCCACUGCUUAUACUGAUUCAGCAGAACAGAGUGAUGAGGAGAGCUCUCUCUAAGAGGAGACACAGGACGACGACUGAAGCCGUUUAUGAGGAGAUUCAGCGCAGACACAAUCACUUCACUCAGAGGGGGAGUCUCAUCUCUGAAGAACUGCAUUCUGGGUAUGAAGAUGCUGAUGAGCUUCUCUCAGCAAAAGAGUUCAAGAUUGCAUAUUAUGAUGAUAUCACUAAUGACAGUGGCCUAAAAGAAGAGAUGGUGAAGGAAAUCACAGCGGGAUACUAUGAUGAUGUCAUCACUGAUGGACUGAAACCAGAUCGUGAGACAGAAGACACACCUGAGAGCUAUGAUGAUGUCAUGACAAGCGGACUAAACUCUGAUAUCAGAAAAGUGGACACAGCAGAGAAUUAUGAUGAUGUCAUCAUUAAUAGACAGAUCUCUCAAGGGGAAACAGAGAGAGUUCAGGAGGAGUAUGAUGAUGUCAUGAGUGUCAGUGAAGAUGUGACAAACCUGUUGAUCCCUCCUUCAGCAAUAUGUAACAAGUUCUGGUUGUGCCAGCGGUUCCUGUGUUGUGAUUCCACAGCAGCUGAGCGCAGGCUGCCCUCCUGGUAACAUUAUGAUGAUGUGGAGGAGGAGUCAGACAAGGAAGGGGGUCAUUUGGCUCAAUGAUG